AUGGCCAGCUACAAAACCAACAUUCCCGCCUCCGAACUCGAGUCUUUUGGGACCCAGUGUACCUUUGGCGCUGAACCCUUGGCCCAUUCGGGCCGAGACGAUGGGAGAACAACCGCCCAAGCCGGCCCACAUGAAUCGCCGCGCCUCGAUAUCCGUCAGCUUCUGAAUAACAAGGACCAUACUUGGUCGGGCAUAGUCCGCGACUACGAUGACUGCCAGGAGCUUAUGAAGCAGUAUAAAACACUGAACGACAAGGAGGGCACGACAGACGUUGAAGUGUCCAAUGACUUUCCCGAAGACAAGCAAGCCCAGAAAGAACUAGCCAGACAGCUCUUCGAGGCCAUCUUGGAAGUAGAUCCAGACACUUCCGACCACAUGCAUUCCCAGCGGGUACAGGAACUUAGCAACCUUGAGGUCGAGUUGCUUUCGUGGGAGCUUCUGUUUGCCAUACACAGGGCGCAGGAUGGCAUUGUGGGUUGGGCUAAGUGGUCGCCCAAAGCAAGUCAGAGAUAUCAGAAGUGCGGGAACUUCCAAGAACGAUUUGCGUUGGUCAAAGAAGCAUGCCAGAAGUCUAAAUCGGUUGUCCACGCCAUGCUGUCGGCCCCUUUCAUAACCCGGAUGACAGCAGCACCUACCCAUGAGUGCAAAUUAAAGAGCGCGAAUAAAAUGAUCAACGCAAGAAAGGGGUUCAUGUUGAAAGGGUAUCAGCACAUGAUGGCAGAGAAGAACCAGAAGAGCAACCAUGAUCCCCCGGCGUCUUCGAAACGAAAGAGAGGUGUCAGCGGCAAGGACGAGGAAGGCCAGGCCAGAUCCCAGGCAACCAACUACAAGCGUCACAAGGUUGAGAUACCGAGAAAACCAGCGACAAGAACGGUAGUAUCGUCCAUUCCCGGGGGAGCGCUUAGUCGCAUCCCAAGCGUCCCUACACCUCUAGUUAAAGAGGAAACCAAGAAAGGGUCAUUGGUUCCCCGGGAAUACUCUACAUUGGGCCUCGCUAAAGAGUCCGUUGCGGGUCUGGACCAACCCGUCGCCUCGUUGGAUCACCGAAUGCCUCCCUCGGGCGGCGUUGAUGCCGAAUACCCGGUCCCUCAGCCGAACUCGAUGGCUUCGCCUUACCCAUCACUGGCUAUGCCACUGCCACUACCCAUCUGGGAGCCGACAGAGACUUCCUUUUCACCGCCUCCCCAGGAGAUGGCCGUGGGUUCAGACACUGGGACCGAAGCAUCGAUGGUUGCGGGCAGCUUCGAGAAUCUCGAAUUCUUGAACCCGUGGAGCGAUUUUGCGCGGGGUGACUAUGGAGGGCAGCUCUGGGACUGGUGA